AAAAUAAUAUCUUAUCACAUUGAUACGAAUUUUUCGCUUUGAGCGUCAAAUUUAGUGAAAUGUGAGUGUUUUCGAAAUGGAGUUCAUUCUUGAACAAAACGAAAUUCGCGAAGAUUACAAAGUGAAACCAAAGGCAUCACCAGUGAUAAUAAUUUGGCGAAAGAAACCCACCAAAGGUCUCCUAACUCUUUUCGUUUUUGCCGUCGUAGUCCCAGUCCUUGUUUACUUUUUUAUAUUCGAUAAAGGAACGUUUCCAGUCGAAGACGCAAACACUUGUUCUGUUGACAAAAAAUACAGGAUAACGUGUGGUAGAACAGACAUAAAUGCAACAUACGAUUACUGCACCAAUAUCAAGUGUUGUUUUGAUAACGCAACUAGACUGUGUUAUCACUAUUUACCAUCGAAGUACUUUUAUUACAAUAAAGGAGGGAACUCACAAACGUACGACAGAAGUUUGGAAAAAUCGCCUUUUGGGCAAGAUUUAACCAAAGAAAUUUCGCUAACAAUCAACGAAAUUGAUGAGAACAAUGUUCAAAUUAUUUUACACGACUCCACUGUAACAGUAGACUCAAACCAAGUCCUUGAUAAAAAUUACAAAGUCAAUGUGAGCAAUAAUCCCUUGUUUGUGGAAAUUUCGAGAAACACUUCCGGAGAUAUCCUUCUAACAACAGCAGAUGGCCCUUUGAUAGUAUCAGAAAACUUCAGAGAAUGGUCGUUUCAACUCACAGAUCAGUACUUAUUCGGCUUGGGCCAAGUCCUGAUCGAUCUGGACGAAAACUCAACUCUCACUAAAGUCAUUUAUGCCAACAACAACGACCACAACACUUUACCAGUGUUCAUGGCCCACAAAAAUGGACAAUACCAUGGGUUGGUGGUACGGCACAGUGGCCUUCUCGAGAUUACGGUACUACCGUCCAAAUUAGUCAGUUUGAAAAGUUUAGAACGGGAAAAAAUUGUCUUGGAGCUAAGUGUUGGGCCAACACCAUACGAUGUGAUAACACAGCAGAGGAAAGGAAAAUGGGGGACAAUUGACAUGAAAACACUCGGAGUCCACAUUUGCAGGGAAGGAACUGCCACUACUCUUAAAGACAUUCUAAGUGAUUAUAGUCAAGAGAAAAGUAUUGAUUUUCCAUACGAAUCUGACUGUUUUCACGAUAAUUUAGUUACGGCCUUGAGGAAAGAAAAGUCGGAGCAAAAUAUUGAAAACGUGCUUGAAAAAAUUAAAAGUUUGACUGAUAGCGGGCACAGUUUUAUGCUCUCGGUGCCCCCACAUAUUCUUUUCGGUAGCGCACUCUACGAUAAUGGAACCCAAUUGGGCAUUUUUUACAAGAGUGACAAUAAGACGUACAAAGGACAGUACUUCAAGAACACCGUUGUGUUUCCCUUUUUUAAACACACUUCGAUUGAUUUGUUUGUGCAACUACUGGCUGAAGAACUGAAAGGAUAUUUCAAAGACACGUUCCCGCGUGACUUUAUCCUGAAUAACAAUUGGCCAAAAGACGACUCUUUCGUUUUCGAAAAUUACGAAAACUUCCGUUUCUUUUCAAAAGAAAUAAUUGACGCCAUGUCUUACACUCUUCCAUGGGACGCUUCGAGUGAAAACCAGUCACAAAUUUUGGACCAUAACGACUAUGGGGCCCUUCAAACCCAAAAUUUUUUGGGUGUUUUAACCGAAAGUUCCGUCAUGACCGCGGCACACAAUUUCGAAACCACCCAACCCCUCAUAAUCCAAAACGUGGCUAUUUCUUGGGUCAACUUCAAAAAAUCCAUAACCCAAAUUUUGUACAACAGCAUUGCUGGUAGUCCAAUGACCAGUGUUCCGGUUUGUGGUUCGACCAGUGAUUUCGAUGCUUCCGCACACGAGGCUUUGUGUACCAGAUGGUACCUCAUGGGUGCCACGGCACCCAUUUUCCGCAUUUCGUCCGAUCUACCAAGACGUGACCCGACGUCUUUGGGUCCUGGGGCGUUCGGACAAGCGGCCCGAAGGGCCAUUGAAGUUAGAUACAGUCUGCUUUAUUAUUACAACACUGUGUUAAAUCAGGACAAAGAGCCGUUGAUGAGGCCAAUGUUUUACGAUUUUCCGACUGAUAACGACACUUUUCCUUUGGUCGAUCAGUACAUGGUGGGUAGGCACUUGUUGGUGGCUCACCCGACUUUGCCUGACCGGACACAAAUUACGAUUUAUUUACCCAAAGCGGUCAAGGUCUGGUAUGAGUUUUGGGGAGGCGAAGCCUUUGGUUCUUGGAGAAACAAAACGUGGGUUACUUUAACUCUGGUUGAUACUGAUUUGGUUGCGUUCGUAAAGGAAGGAGGGAUUAUUCCGUGGGUUACUGAUGACCAAGGCACUAAACUGGUACAACUGAAAGUGGCGCUAAAGUGUGAUAGUGAUAACAACUGUGAUGCCGAAGGUUCCAUGAUGGUUGGAUUAGAAUCGUUGAAUUUUAAAUCAACUGAUAAAAGUUUGACCGUGACUAAAAGUGGGGACCUAGGAGAUAAAAAAUUCCUCUUGACUGAAGUAAUCAUAUUCCAAACGGGCACUAAAGCGAGAUAUGUUAAGCUGACUGAAGGAAAAGAUUUAAACGAAAUUACUGACACUUGGACCUACAACUUUUAAUAAAAACGUUUUUUAUUAAAAA